CUACAGUGGAAAGAAAGCAAACAAGCGUGGUUUGUGAUUUGAAGUUUAAUAUAAGGCAAAUUGUAUACGUUUCGCUUAGCAGUAAUAUUCUACGAUUUAUUGUGUGCACAUUCAAAUGUUCCAAGACUCUUUCAAAUAUUACAAAGCUAAAAAUCAGCCGCCUGAUUUAAAAAAUGUCAUUGACAUCGACAGAGUAGAUGAAGACGGACUAGAUUGCAGAUUGAAGUCUUUCCCAGUAUCCUUCGCGUUGACCGCCAACUAUCCUGGUUUAAUUUCACCCAAGCUGUGGCGUGUUUUCGAGCUAGUCGAUCGGCCUGGGCUCAUUAUCGUCAACAAUCCCUUCACGAAGCAUGCCCAGCGCUACUGGAUGACUCGGUCUCUGUGCGACUACCCAAAACACCCCAACCAUACAAACCUCUUGGAGAGUGUGAAAGAGAAAUAUUCUUACUUUGAUUCAAAUGAAUCGAGCGAGGGAUUUGACUGGUGGUCCAUUGGACAAACCAUUGAAGAACCCCAGGAGAAGCGAAAAUUCCUCAAAUUACUCCGAUGGACUACGCUUGGUUAUCAUUAUGACUGGACAAAUAAGGUAUACGACGAAGCGCAACGGAACGAGUUUUCACCGGAUCUCGCCAGUUUGUGUCGCUACUUUGCAGAGGUCCUCGGUUUCCGACAGUUCCGCCCUGAAGCGGCGAUAGUGAACUACUAUCCUGUUGGAAGUACACUCGCUGGGCAUACGGAUCACUCGGAGAAGAACUUGGAGGCGCCACUAUUUUCGUUCAGCUUCGGCCAGCCGGCCAUAUUCCUGAUUGGCGGACCCAGCAAGGCAGAACGACCCGAUGCGCUGUUGCUGCGGAGCGGCGACGUCGUCGUUAUGACCCACGCCAGCCGGCUAUGCUACCAUGCGGUGCCGAGAGUUUUUCCCUGUACUCAGUCCGCACAGCAGCGAUGGUCGCCCGGAAGCGACGGGACCGCCGGGGAAGAGCACCCGGAAGGGCAAAGUACCACCAUCUGCUGCACUCCCAUCUCGACCACGGUUUGGAACGAUUGUCGGGAAACGGGUUCGCCACACCACUGGAGUGCCUUCGCUGAUUACAUUAGUAAUAGUCGAAUCAACAUCAAUAUUAGACAAGUUUUAAAUGAGGGAGAAAAUCAUUUGUAAAUGAGACCGACGACGGGUGGGGAAGGAUCCCUUCCGGAUUGA